AUGGAUGAGAACGGUGCAACCAAGCUGCCGCCGGACCGCGUCGGCGACGUGCUGCGCAACGCGACCGAGCUCCAGAACGCAGAGGACAAGCAGCUCGCGCGAGUCCGCGAGUGCCGCACUGCGGCGGAGAUCCGGGAGCUCCUUAUGAAGGGGCACGCCUACGGCGACCGUCCAAGCGAUUUCGCGAUUCAUGCCGCAUGCUUCACGGCGCGCCCCGGCCUAAUAGCUGGGCCUCAUAGCGACAUGCCGGCCACGGAGCUCGUCGCGCCCAUGCCGCCAUCGGCGCCCGCUGACCAUCUGGCGUGCAGCGAGAAACCCUCUGCGAGCUGGCGCCAGCGUGGUGGUUUGGCGGCGUGCGGCGCAGCGCUGGUCUUCUUGGCGUCCAUCCACGGAAGGCCGGCGGCUUUUCGAAGCGCAGCACGACCUGCGGCGCCCGGCGCGCUGAUGCCGACCACUGCAGGGUUUGUUGUCGACGAGGACUCGCGGCAUGUGAGGCGGAACGGCGACCGCACAGCGCGCGCGGGUGUGGAGAACGUGAUCAACCGCCGGGCUUCGGCCCCUCGCCGGCGCAGCGCCGGCGAGGGCGUGCGCAGUUUGAAAUUGCAAGGCAACACCCGCGCUCGUGCGGACCGCACGACCAGCUUCCUGCUCGCGCCGCCCUCGCUGUGGCCCGGCGUCUCCGCCGGCGGCUGGUGCGUCAAGGUGAUGAAGAGCACCACCAAGCCUGACGUCACCACGGUCAAGUUCAACGACUCCACGGUGACCUUCUCGUUCGCCGUGGUUGCCUCAUGGAAGCCCGUCUCCUAG